AUGCUUGCUACGACGGCAUUGCUUCUCGUGCUAGGAUGGCUGACUCCGCUUGCCCACUCGUACUGGAUGAAAGAUGUUGCCCAUCAAGGGAUUUCCCCCUUCAACACGGAUAAGAAUUAUCAAGUGUUCCGCAAUGUCAAAGAUUUCGGGGCCAAGGGCGAUGGUGUGAAGGACGAUACAGAUGCCAUCAACCUUGCAAUCAGCCAUGGAAAUCGGUGCGGAGGCGAGGCUCAUUGCGUCGGUACUACAGUGACACCAGCUGUAGUCUACUUUCCUCCUGGAACAUACCUAGUCACUUCGUCCAUCGUAGACUACUACUACACGCAAAUCAUCGGCGAUCCUACCAACAUGCCCGUCAUCAAAGCGGCCAAGACCUUCAAGCCCAACCUCAUCGGCCUCCUCGAUGGAGAUCAGUACACAAGCUCCGGGGCGCUCAAGUUCGGAGCCACAAAUGUCUUCUUCCGCCAGGUUCGAAACAUCGUCUUCGACAUUACCGACGUGCCAGGAGAGGCAUGUGCCAUCCAUUGGCCCUCUUCACAGGCCACCGUGAUAGACAACUGUGUCUUCAAGCUCUCGCGCCAGCCAGGAACGUCGCAUACCGGCAUCUUCAUGGAAGAGGGCAGCGGCGGCAUGCUCAGCGACCUGGUCUUCUACGGCGGCGAGUAUGGAGUGCAGUUUGGCAAUCAGCAAUAUACGACGCGCAACCUGACCUUUUACAACUCCAAGACGGCAAUCUUCCAGAUCUGGAACUGGGGCUGGACCUACAAAUCGAUCCACGCCUACAAUUGUGAGGUGGGCCUCAACAUGAGCGGCCCAGUCAUCGGGUCGGUGGUGCUACUUGACUCGACAUUUUCAGAUACUACGACUGGCAUCGUCACAGGACGGAACCCUGCCGGUCAGCAGAAGGCCAGCGCUGGCACGCUUGUCAUUGAGAGUACUGAGUUCAAGAAUGUGGCCACCCCGAUGCUUGGACCAGUCGGCCCCAUUGUCAGGAAGGGUGCUUCUGCGACUGUAGAUGUCCAUGGCUUUGUGCACGGCAAUGUCUACACCCCAACGGGGCCCAGCGUGGUCCAAUCGGGCGACGGCGGGUAUGUCAACCUCCUCACCACCCUGCAGUCUGGCAGAGGGUAUCUCGAAAUGUCAAAGCCACAGUACAAGUCUGUGCCGGCGUCGCUGUUCCUCAGCGCCCGCACCUUUAGCGCAAAGGGUGACGGAGUCGCAGACGACACUGCCGCUCUGAACGCCCUGUUCCUAAAGGCUUCGCAAAGAUUCAGCGAGGGCGUUGUGGCGUUCGUCGAUGCCGGCUACUACAAGGUGACUGACACAAUCUACAUCCCGCCCAACGUCCGCAUCGUCGGCGAGGCACUAGCCUCGGUCAUCAUGGGAGCGGGCGCCAAGUUCUCUGAUAUGCACGCUCCGUACCCCGUCAUCCAAGUCGGCAAGCCCGGCGAGACCGGCAUCAUCGAGUGGUCAGACAUGAUCGUGUCCACGCAGGGCGGCACCGCCGGCGCUGUCCUGAUCGAGUACAACCUGGCCACACCUUGGACUUCGUCCACGACCCUGAACACGCCCUCGGGCAUGUGGGACGUGCACGUCCGCGUGGGCGGGUUCGCAGGCUCCCAGCUCCAGCUCGCAGAGUGCGCCAAGACGCCGCAGCUGGACGGCCACGUCGACCCGAAAUGCAUCGCCGCCUACACGAGCAUGCACAUCACCAGGAGCGCCACGAGCCUGUACAUGGAGAACUGCUGGCUCUGGACGGCCGACCACGACAUCGAGGACUACGACAACCGCCAGAUCUCCGUCUUCGCGGGCCGCGGCCUGCUCGUCGAGUCGCGCCGGGGCCGCAUCUGGCUCGUCGGCACGGGCGUCGAGCACCACGCGCUGUACCAGUACCAGCUCGUCGACACGCAGGACGUCUGGAUGGGCCAGAUCCAGACCGAGACGCCCUACUACCAGCCCAAUCCGCCCGCGCCCUUGCCCUUCGUCGUCGCCAACGCGGCCAUCCACGACCCGGACUUUGACGCCGACUGCUUGCACCUCCCGGCCCUGGCCCCGCACGGCACCGACACCGAAACCGGCGACGGGACCCCGGUCCCCGCCCCGCCGUGCCGCAUGGCCUGGGGCCUGCGCGUGCUGGACAGCCGGCGCGUGGUGGCCUUCGGCGCCGGGCUGUACUCCUUCUUCAACAACUACAACACGACGUGCUGCAACGAGGGCGGCAGGCGCAAGUGCCAGGCCCGCAUCCUGUGGGUCGGCGCCGGCACCGGCAACGGCAGCAGCGACGGCGACGACGACGCGGACGGCCAAGGCGGCGGCGGGGGCGGGGACGUGCAGAUCUACGGCCUGGACACGGUGGGCGUGCAGCGCAUGGUGACGCGCGCGGGCCUGGACGUGGCGCGGUUCGAGGACAAUGCCGCCGGCUUCGCGGACACGCUGGCCAUGUUUCGGUACUCGGACGGCGGCGGCGCGGGGGCGCUCGGGGGAGGGGGCGCCUGUGCGGCGGGGAGCGGCAACAGGACUGUGCCGGUGGAGGGCGGUGGGUACGGGCCUGGCGUCAUGUCGGUGGCUGGGUUUGGCGGUGCCGGUGCCGGUGCUGGCGAUGUCGGGUACGUGUGCUCUGGGGACUGGCAGGCGCUGUGCGGGAUCAUGUCGCAGAAGAAGGCUACGUCUUCCUCGGCCGCGGCGGACUCUGUGGUCGUGGUGGUCAGUAUCGCGGCGCCGACGACGUCGGUAACGAUUGUGUCCACGUCGACGACGGUCAUGACGAUGGCGACGCCGACUCCGAGCGCGGAGGAGCAGACGGGCCCUUCUGAGGGUGCCGCUCCUGAUGCCAGCUCUGCGGGCUCCUCGGCGGUCUCUGGCUAUGGUGGAGGGGGGGUCGGGGUAUCGGCUGCUGGGGGCGGCACCACGACCACGACCACGACCACCCCGCCGCCGGCGGUCGAAAGCAAUGCCGGUGCCGCCUCGGGGGGUGCCAGCACGCUACUGACGUUGCUGACCGGCACUCCGGCCUGGAGCGAGAUCUUCCCGAGUGCGAGUACGGCGGCUACCGAUGGCGGGCCUGGGAUGACGCAGUCCGCGACCGCGAGUGAGCCCGCCGCCCCAGUGACGUCCGACGUCGUCUCGGCGUGUCCGUGA